UACUUUGGUUGGGAGUCGCAACUUUCCUUCUUGUUGAGAAAACCCAGAAAAAAGAAAAAGAAAAUCGAAAUGGGGUUAAGAGACAUCGGAGCCACACUGCCUCCUGGGUUUAGGUUUUACCCUAGUGAUGAAGAGCUAAUCUGCCAUUAUCUCUACAACAAAGUUGCUAACCAAAAUGUUUCUAAGGGCACUCUUGUCGAAGUCGACCUUCAUACCUGCGAGCCAUGGCAGCUUCCUGAGGUGGCAAAGCUGAAUUCGAGCGAGUGGUACUUCUUCAGCUUCCGUGAUCGGAAAUAUGCGACGGGUUUUCGUACCAACAGAGCCACCACUUCCGGCUACUGGAAAGCCACCGGCAAAGAUCGGACGGUGAUUGAUCCCACAACUCGAGCAAUUGUAGGGAUGAGGAAAACUUUAGUGUUUUACAAGAAUAGAGCCCCAAAUGGCAUCAAAACUGGCUGGAUCAUGCAUGAAUUUCGCCUCGAAAAUCCUCAUAUUCCCCCCAAGGAAGACUGGGUACUAUGCAGAGUGUUCCACAAAUCCAAAAUUGAAACCAACAACGAAAACAACAUCAUGUACGACAUGGCAAGUGGCAGCUUGGAGGUUUGUUUGCCGUCCUCCGCCUACCGUCCGGCGGCGCCGCCGUACUCCCACUCUCACAGUCCACCCAACCAAACCCAAAACUCAUCAAGCACUGCUAACUUCUUCGCCGCGCCGGCAGACCAACGAGGAUUUCCGCAAUCGUCGCGCCACAACACCAACAACGUAGCUCCCUCGUCUAACGAUUACGAGUUCUUGUUCGACGACAUGAAUUUCGACGAUCAUCCAAGCAUGCAAGACGGGGGAGUUCAUUCCAGCAUUGAGGAUAUGCGGUUUGGUGACGAUGAAAACGGCUUGGCUUUCAUUUGAUGAUCCGAUUAUUUAUUUAGGUCAUUAUGCAGAAAAUUAAAAGGGAAAAAAAAUACUUGAAUUAAUUAUUUACUGAAUUGUGAUUAUCAAUCAUGUUGUGUAGUGUUUGGAAAUAUGGUAAGAAUUGUGUUUGAUUGCAUUUUUUUUUUCUCUUUCAGUGGUAGGGUUAUGUUAUUCAAAUUGAAUGGUAGGAAUACUGUGUACAUAAUUGUUUCUAUUUUUAUUUAGUCUGGAUUUGGUGUAAACUGGCAGUCAUGAUGGUAUUCUUUCCUCUAUAUC